AUGAAGUCCUAUGUUAUUGGCUCCUUCUUCAAGCUUCAGCAGUCACAGAAAGCCCUUGAAAUGGAAGUCUCCAGCCUUAUGGACAAGGCAGAGCUGGUCUGUAUUGCAUUGGACUUACCCCCUAGCAUCCGCAAGUCUAUCCGACAAUAUUGCUUGUUCCAGUGGUCAAAGGCCAGAGAUGUCAGCAACAGAGAGGUUGUGUUGAAGACCUUCCAGCCUGAUCUGCAAAAGAAGACCAAAGAACAGCUCUUCUUGCCGGUGAUACAAGCCAAUGAGUGGCUGCUGACAGGGGUCUCUGCGGAGUUCACGCUCCAGCUGUGCGAUCAGCUUGCGAUUGUCAAUCUGCUUCCUUCUGAGAUGCUGUUCGUGGAGCAGGAUGCCCCACAAGACAUCAGCUUCUUGGACACAGGUACUUUGAUGCUUACGAGGCAGGAGCAGCUGAUACGAUACGUUCGCAGCGACCGCCCGAACGAAACUACAGUGGUUGGCGAGGUCUCUUUCCUCUUAGACAUGCCGCAUCUCUAUUCGGUACGUUCUCGCGCUGGGGUUGAGUCAACCGUUUUGCGAGUUUCCAAGCAAGCAUUUGAUAGACUCAUGCAGCAUCUGGACACAGACGCGGACCAACUGAUGCAAAAUGCUGCUCAGUCCAUGCAGCUGACGCUUAAUGGGUCUGAUGCCAAGCGUGAGUACCUCGCAGACGGACGUGACGACACUGAGCUCUUUGUGCAGAUGCGCGAGGCCGUGCGUUCCAAGCUCCUGAAGCGCACUAGUCACAUGAGUUCCGCCUUCAUCCGAGCGGCUUCUGAGGGAAAUGUCGAACAGGUUGAGCUGCUGCUGCGCAAGCGCGUCCAGGUGAACACUGCAAACUGCGACGGUCGCACCGCAAUGCAUCUGGCGGCAGCUGAGGGGCGCGACGCGGUCAUGAAAGUGCUGAUCGAGGCUGAGGGCAAUGUGAAUCUGCAGGACCGCUGGAAGGGUUCACCGCUGAAGGAUGCGGUGCUGGCCAAGAAUGGGGCGGUGACGGAGCUGCUGAUAGAGCAGCAGGCGGACUUGAAUUUGGACGACCCUGCCACAGCGUUGUGCGACGCUGCAAGCAGUGGUAACCUCGUUGCCCUGAAAGAGCUCAUUGAGGUGAAGAUCAACCCGGACUCUGGGGAUUACGAUCUCCGGACUCCUCUUCACCUCGCUGCUUCUGAAGGGAAGCUUGAGGUCAUCAGUUUCCUCCUGGAGUCGAAAGCGAACCCUAACUUCAAAGACAGGUGGGGUGGAACCGCGCUGGAGGAUGCAAUUCAGAAUAAUCACACGGUCGUUGCCCAGCUGAUCUUCUCGAAGCGAGGUCAACUGCGGCAGGAGUUGGCUGCUGGGUGGCUUUGUGACGCUGCAUCCGCAGGUAACAUAGUCAAGCUACAGCAGCUGGCGGAGAAUUCAGUGGACGUAAACCUGGCGGACUACGACAGUCGUACGGCGCUACACCUGGCGGCCACGGAGGGACAGCUCCUUGCGGUGAGCUUCCUCUUAGGAACUGCGCGGGCAAACAGCUCCCCGCAAGACCGGUGGCUAUCCACGCCAUUGCAGGAUGCUAUCCGUGCCGGCCACGUCCACUGUGCACGGCUUUUAGCCUUUGCAGGGGCUGCGCUGGGCGACAGCGCGACGGAUGAGGACCGACAAGAGCUGCGCGAGCUCUACGCCGAAGACAUGGCAUCCAGCUCUGACUGGGGUCACAUCCAGGUUUUCCAGCGGCGAAUGACGGACUUACAGCAGCGCGUAGCGCGUUUGCUGGUUGCGGUACUCAAAGGGAGAGCAAGGCCUGAGGUCUUCGAUGCAGAAGCAUCAGCCAGAUUUAAUCGGCAGCUGAUCGGGGCCGUUUUGAGGCAGUGCCCCCAAAUAGCUGAGCAAAUGGUUGGCAUGUCGGGCCUGCUUCGCAAGCUCAACACGACUGCCCUGGCUCCGAUGUCAGCCUUCCUGGCACUGCUGCAGGACUGCAUCGACUGCACACAGCAAAGCAAGUGGUGGGCCUGGCAUGACAAACAGGGCCAGACAAGUCAGCGGCUAAGCAAAAGGCAGGACAAAGGAAGCAAAGAGGCAAAGUUGGACAAGUCUACGGGAAUGGUUACAAAGUUAAUGGUGUCUACCAUGGGUAUUUGCUCCAUCUUGGCGACCGCCUUGAGCAAAGCCUCGGCCCUCAUCCAGGAGAGGGUUAACAAACUCGUCGAUGAGCGCCACCUGAAGACCAAGGACGGCCGUAUCGGCGAAUACCUCGCCCGCACAAUCACAAGCGUCGACGGCUGGCCACAGAAGGAUCUGUGCUGCUCCUGCCGCAAAGAAGUACCCUUUGUCUCCUUGUCGUAUCUGCCCCGCGGAGCAGUGCUCAGACUGGCCAUUGGCAAGCGAUACCUGGACAUGGCACAGGAGAAAGAAGGCCGGCGUGGCCCGAAGUGUGGCCGGAUCAGUGGGUACCCUGGCGAAGAGUACAUGCGGCUUCUGGGUUUUCGGCGUGCGUUUUUUCUAACGUGCACGACACCUGUGUCAUGA